AUGAUUAAUUUAAAUGAAGAGGAAAAAUAGCAAUAAAGCAAACUAAUCAAUAUAUUUUUUUAGCAUGCCAAAUAAGGACUAAUAAUAUUACUUAUGAACAAUUUAAUAAAGGAAGAAUAUUUCUUUUUAUAAAUCACACUUUAUUUAACAAUCAUAAUGUUAGCUUUUAAUUUUAUUGCAGCUAUAUUUUUACUUUGUGUUAAGAGAGAUUUUCCUAGAUUGGAAUAUUUUCUUAUUUACACAUUGAAUUUAUUUUUAUUUUUGACAUUGAUUGUGUAUUCAUUAAAAUUCUUUAUUGAACUUAAUGAUAUAAAUAAACAGUUAUCCUUAUAUGUCAAAACUUACAUAUUGAUUUUGUUAUAAAAAGUAUUUAGUAUUAAAUAAAUGAUUAGGAAAUAGAAAUUUUGACAAUAAAAGUAUUUCCAUAUGAUAUAGCUAAUAGAUAAGUAAAUUGUUUUACAUCAUUCAUAUUUGUCUUUUUGAUUUUAUUAGAUGAAGAUCCUCUUUAAUGUAAACAAUAAUAUUCAGUUUUAUUACUUUUUCAUUUAAUAAAUCACACAUUCUAAUUAAUAUUUAACACACUUUUUAAUCUUCUAAUUUUGAAUUAAAAAAAAUCAUAAAAAGAAUUAAGAACAUUUUCAAAGUAAUUUGAUAUUAUUAUAAUUUUAGUAUAUUUUUAAUUGUAUUCUUUGUGAUUCAUAUUACUUUAUUUAUUUUUACUAUUAUUAAGACAAUUUAAUUAAAAGAUUAAGAUUGUCCAUGUUUAUAAUUUACUAUACAAUUUUAUUAUUGUUUUGCUCCAAUUAACUUUGGUGCAUUUUCAUUUGUAAUAUUAUUAGAAUAUAAAUGGUUUAAUGGAACACUAAUAAAUUAAGAUACAAUUGAUAAAAAUAGUUAAAAUUAAAGUUCAUGUAUAAUAAUUUAUAUAUAUUUAAGAUGCUGCUUCACUAUAGAAAAAUAAUGCAAUCCAAAAAGAUAGACAAUCUGUCAAAAGUAUGAGUUCAGUAAUUAAUAAUCCUAUGGAUAAUAGUGAAUGUAAUUCUUAAGCACCAAAUUUUGGAAAGUAUAUUUGAAUUUUAUUAUUUAUUUAGAGAUGAAAAUAAAUAAUUAUAAAAAUUAGGCACUAGCUAAUUUGGUGCUUCAUAAUAUAAUUAAUAAAUGGAACAUUCUUGGGCAAAUGUUUAUCAUUAAAAUCCAUUUAAUUAAUAAGACAGCAAUGAAAAUAAUAACAAUUAAAAAAGAGAGAGCAAAUCAGUUGAUGAGAGUUUAAUUAGAUAGGAAGAAUCUUAAAUUCCAGAGAAUUUAUCUUAAUUAAAUAAUCCUAUGGAUUCAGAUAGUUAAAUUCUUAAAUGA